CGCAGCCGGGAGUUGUGUGUGUGUGUGCGCGCGUGCGUGUGAACUCACUAUAAAACUUCAAGCAAAAAAGUCAUUCAUGGGAUAAAAAAUCCAAUCCGAUAUGCGGCUGUGAUUGUAAACGGUGUGAUCUGAGACGGUGAUCCAGUGAUCAGGAGUUGUGCGAGCUGUACAGCACUGAACGGAGGGCAUCAUUCAGCUGGGAAUGGUCUCUCUUUUUAAGGUAGUCGACAUUAACAGAAACAAAGCUGUUGCUCUAAAAAGACAACAGAAGGCAUGGCUCACUGGUUUCUGUUUAAAUGGAAAUUCUGGUUACUCGUUCCAAUAGUAUUGGACUCUUUCACUGAUGCCCAAAAUAGGAAACCUACAAGAUGGCCUUUGUACCAGGAUAAGCCUUUGCUGCUAGCCUGGAAUGCCCCCACUGAGGACUGCCGGCCACGCCACGGCAUUCAUUUUCAGCUGGACCAGUUCCAGAUUGUGGCUUCACCCAAUGAGGGUUUCACCAAACAGAACCUCACAAUUUUCUACAAGGAUCGGCUCGGCCUGUACCCGUAUUUUAAUUUUGACAACAAUCCGGUCAAUGGUGGCCUUCCUCAAAUUGCCAGCGUGACCCAACACCUUGAGAAGAUGCCCCAAGACAUGGAUAGAUACAUUCCUAACCAAGCAGCAAAAGGCCUUGCUGUCAUCGACUGGGAAGAGUGGCGCCCCCUUUGGAUUCGGAACUGGGAUACCAAGAACAUCUACAGAAACCAGUCACAGCUCUUGGUGUCCAAAAAGAACCCACUGUGGGACCAGGCCCAUGUGAAGAAAGUGGCCCAGCAGGAGUUUGAGAUGUCAGGCCGCAAUUUUAUGCUUAAAUCCCUGCAGCUAGCUAAAAGUCUGCGUCCAAAUCAGCUGUGGGGAUUCUACCUGUUCCCUGACUGCUACAACCAUGAUUACCUCAAAAGUCUGGUGAGCUACACGGGCCGCUGUCCAGACCCAGAGAUAGCAAGGAAUGACAAGUUGAGGUGGCUGUGGACAGACAGUACGGCUCUUUUUCCGUCUGUCUACAUAGGUUCAGUGCUGCGUUCUACUGAAUUUGCUCGCCAGUUUGUUCGGAACAGAGUCAAAGAGGGCAUGAGAGUGGCAUCUCUGAGCUCUAACCUAGCAAUUCCAGUGUUCGUGUAUGUCCGUCCCACAUACGCUAAUGAACUGACGCUGCUUACUGAGAUUGACCUGGUCUCCACCAUUGGAGAAAGUGUGGCACUGGGUGCUGCUGGCAUUAUACUCUGGGGAGAUGCCAAUUAUGCAAGCAGCAGAGUGAGCUGUAGCAGUCUGGCUGAGUAUGUCCAGGGACCGCUGGGCCGUUAUCUCCUUAAUGUUUCCAGUGCCGCUGAACAGUGUAGUCACUCAGUGUGUGGCUCCCGUGGCCGCUGUAUGCGCAGAAAACCUGACUCAGAUUCGUAUUUGCACCUGGAUCCUCAGAACCAGAGAAUUAUGGUGAAGGAGAAACGCCUGGUUGUCGAAGGACACAUGGGGCCUGAGGAGCUAAAACGCCUGAAUGAGGAUUUUAUCUGCCAGUGUUUUAGCGGCUAUCAAGGGUAUAACUGUGAGCUGCAGGAUCCCCAGUAUGGCAAAGGACAGGGGCACAAACUGCAUGUAUCGUGGAGUUGCUGUCUUCUCUUUUUGCUGCUUAUGUUACUGAAAUGAGACUUGUGGAGCACUGGACACAUACAGACUUGCAUGGACAUUUAUGCAUUUCUUGUGACAUGAAGCAUUUGCUUCUGCAAUUAUAUCGCGAAUGCAACCUAGUUGUACAGUUUCUAAUGUCUUUUCCAGAUUGCUAUACAGAAUUUUUUAAUUAUAAUUUAAUUUUUUCUAUUAAAACUAGAUGGCCUUUCAAUUUCAUAAAUUCGGUGAAAUUUAGUUCCCUCUGAAAUUUGGUCAUUGUGAUACGUUUAUUUCUAUAUUAUCUAAAAAAAAAAAAAAACCCCAACCAACCAACCAACCAACCAACCAAAAAAAAAAAAAAACCAGGCCAUUCUGUGGCUGGGAAGUUAUUUAAUGUGAGGGGAUUCCCUAGCAAAUAAUGUGCAUGAAAUUGCUCGCUUCAAGCAGACAGAGGAAGUCCAUGUGCACAUGCGCAGGUUUACCUUCUUCUUUUGGGUUUUACAGCAGCUGGCAUCCACAGUGUUGCAUUACUGCCAUUUACAGGUUAACCUUUGACCGUGCACUUUCAGUUACAUCAUUCUGUUGCUAAAUGAACAACUGAUCACACUGAGGUGCUCGCUGACCGCUGAUAUUUAUUAGUUUGUUUCUGUAUUUCCUUUCCUUCACAACAUAACGUCUUUUUGCUUUCCGUUACUGUAGUCGGUCUUUCACAUUUCAUUUGCACACUCACAUUCUCCAUUUCCCUCUCCUGUUUCAAAUUUGUAUCCCACAAUGCCUUGUACGAAUGGGGAAAGCCCACCACAUGAUGCAUGACAUAGUAUCUUGAAUUGGGUCAUGGUGAAGCAGGAAAAAAUAGCGGAGAAUUUAGGGCCACAUGGCCUUAAAUUCAUUAAUUGUUCUAUUUAAAAAAAAACGAAUAAAAUUGGAAGUCUGUGAUUCGAAUUCAGUAGCUUUUGGUCCACUAAACAAAAAGAAUUGGGUGUCGGGAAAAUUCUUUUUAUGACCUACACUUGAAAAAUCUGAAAGGCAGUCUAGCUUUUAAUAUUCAGGGUUGUCAAGGGAGUUCAUCAAAGUACAGUAUCUGGGAAAUGUGAUGGGUGGUUAACAGGUGCUGCCUUGUACAAAUAUCUAUCCGAAGCCUUAUGGUGGUAUAAAGUUGCCACGUGUUUAGAAAGUUUUUUUUUUUUUUUAAGGAUAUUUUUUGGGCUUUUUUUCACCUUUAUUGGAUAGGACAGUGUAGAGACAGGACAGGAAAUGAGUGGGAGAGAGAGACGGGGAGGGAUCGGGAAACAACCUCGGGUCGGAAUCGAACCCGGGUCCCCGGGUUUAUGGUAUGGUGCCUUAGCCACCUGAGCCACAACACCCCCACGUGUUUAGAAAGUUGUGUAUGUCACCAGUGAGUACACAAUGCUGAUAUGAAAAUGUAUAAACACAGGAAAAUUGACCCAAUUAAGCACUUUUUGUUUCUUGUCAUACUUAGUGGAUUCACAAACGACAUCAGAGACGGAAGCAAAUCUGAGAAUCAUCAUUAUCAUACUGAUAAAUGUGUUUUGUGUGUAAGAAGUAAUUUAAAUGUAUUUUUAAUUUAAAUGAAUUAUUCUUGAUAUUGUGUUGCUGUGAGAUGAUGGCACUCUCACUAUAAGACUACUAAUAAAACUUUACUUGCCGUCGUUUAGACGUGAUUCA